AUGUUCCGUCCCGCGACCAGAGUUCUCCGCGCGCCGGGUGUCGCAGUCCGUGGCCCUGCAAGCAGACGAUUGAUAAGCACCGCUCCUCCAGACGCCAAGUCGAGGAGUUGGAAGAGUACCAUUGUCCGUCUGGGGUUGGCCGCUGGAGCUGUAUACUACUAUAACACGAGCAGUGUCUUUGCCGAACAGCCGUCAUUAUCCCUCCUCUCCAAGCAGAGCACACCGGAUUCUUCCGAUGAAACCAAGCUCCCAACCAUCGACUCCAUUAAGCCCAGAAUCCGCGAAGAAAGACAAGCAGAAUUGAAGGCCGUCUCGCAACCGGAUGCGCAGCCCACACAGCACGAGGCCCUACCCGCCUCAGAAGCCGCUCUGAAGUCGCCCCAAGAACUUGAAGACGAAGCCGGCCAGGAAGCCGCCUUCAACCCCGAGACUGGCGAGAUCAACUGGGACUGCCCAUGCCUGGGCGGCAUGGCCCAUGGCCCUUGUGGCGAGGAGUUCAAGGCUGCGUUCAGCUGCUUUGUGUACUCCACGGAAGAACCCAAGGGCAUGGACUGCAUUGACAAGUUCAAGGGCAUGCAAGAGUGCUUUCGGAGGUACCCCGACGUCUACGGUGCCGAGCUCGAAGAUGACGACGAGGCCGACGCCGCAGCUGCCACCGCAGCUGGCGUCUCAGAACCCAGCGAGCAGCCCGCUUCCCCCGCCGCUGAGAUCGAUGCCUCCUCUGACUCUGAAGAAAAGCGGGCUCGCGCAAAAGACGUUCACGCCCAGGUGAAGUCGGAGGUUGCCGAGAAGGCCGAGCAGGCUGAGAGCGAAGACCUCAUUCCCAAGGCCUGGCACGAUACCGAAGGCAAGAACGACACUGUCACCAAGGCCCAGCAGACGGAGAAAUGA